GAAAUCAGCUGGCAAUGCGUACGUGUGUGUAAACAGCAGAACACAGAAGCCAGCUGAAGCAAUUCAGGGAAUGUAGUAUCUCCUUUUAACUUAAAGUUUCAAGUUCAAGUAGAAAAUAUUUUAAGGUUACUAUCUGCUAAUUUCAGAAUCAGUGUAAAACGUUAAUUCAGUAGUUGUACUAAAUAAAAGUUACCAGUUUAUCAAUUUUGUUUUAAAAAUACUGUUUUACUAGCAUUGCAUUUUGAAAGUAAUGAAAAGCUGAAAACUAUAAGCUAAAAUGAAUCAUCGUAUAUUUAUCAAUAGCUAUCGUACGUUUACAAAACUAUCAAAAUUUAGAUCACAACCAAAAAUCUCCUCACAUAAAUGUAAUUUCUCUGACAAACCUGUAAAAGUUGAACAAGUCGCCACUCCACUGGAGCAACAGAGUCCCCAGGAAUUGCUUAGGAAUGUUGUAUAUCCCUCUGACUUCGAUAAAAAGUUAUUGGUUUGGGGAGGUCGAUACAAGAGCGUUGAAGAUGUACCAAAAGAAAGUUACGUAUGAAGAGCUGUACCAUUGCAAAAACAAAUGCAGGAUCAAGGCGGCGAAUGGCCUGAUGGUAGCAACCGUAAUCGGGUGCCUGGUGGCCGUCUAUAUGGGGAAGCAAGCGCGUGCCAGGGGGGAAACCGUUGCAAAAAUGAAUCUAGACUGGCACAAGGAGGUCAACAGGAAAAUGGACGAAGAGGAAGAACGAAAGAGUCACCAAUCGAAAUAAUCAUGUUUGUAACCUUCAACGUUUAAAAAUAGAAUCAAAUUAAGAAUGUUUUAGAGAAAAAUAUUUAUUGAACAAUUUUGCAUGUAAUGUUCUGUACUGUUAUAAAAUAAUAAAUAGCCUAUUCUGUUUUAAAGAAAGUAUUAUUGAAAAGCUA